AAAGAAAUUCUACAUGGAGUUAAUGGUCGUCUACCGCCAAAUCAAUUGGUGGCAAUAAUGGGUCCAUCAGGAGCCGGAAAAUCGACGCUCCUGGAUGUUCUAUCUGGGUACAAAAAAACUGGCGUUGAAGGUGCUGUUUAUGUGAAUGGACGGGGAAGAGAUCUCAAUGAGUUUCGCAAAAUGUCUUGUUAUAUAACUCAAGAUGACCGAUUACAGCCUCUCUUAACAGUUCAAGAGAAUAUGGUUGUAGCCGCAGAUUUAAAAUUGGGAACACACGUGCCCAAACACGAAAAAGCAAAUAUCAUAGAGUCAACGCUAACAACUUUAGGUUUAUAUGAGCAUAUAAAUACACGAGCUGGAAGACUAUCAGGUGGUCAAAAAAAGCGUCUAUCAAUCGCUUUAGAACUCAUAUCAAAUCCUGUUGUUAUGUUUUUGGAUGAACCAACUACUGGUUUAGAUUCGUCGUCCUGCCGGCAGGUGGUGGAAUUACUAAGAUCACUAGCCCACCAGGGACGAACGAUAGUCUGCACAGUGCACCAGCCGUCCGCUUCGCUUUUCGCUCUUUUCGACCAGGUUUACGUUCUGGCGGAGGGACGAUGUCUUUAUCAGGGCACCACCGACAUGCUGGUCGAAUACUUGGAUAACUGCGGAGUGCAAUGUCCGCAAUACCACAACCCAGCUGAUUUCGUUAUUGAGUUGGCUUCUGGGGAGCAUGGUAUAGACAAAAUGGACAAAAUGGUGGAAGGAACUGAAAAUGGUAGAUCAUUAGUCUGGUUGAAAAACCACGAACAUCUACCAGAUUUAAAAGCAUUACGGGAAGCAAAUCCUAUCAGGCCCAAGUCUGAUUCCGAUCAGAAUCUAAGUGGACUUCAAGCCACGCCGAUAACGAAUCAACUUAAAGUUCUUUUAAAACGAGGAUUCUUGAAAACGAGGAGAGAUGCGACUAUGACGCAUAUGCGAAUAAUAGUCAACAUCCUGGUGGGCAUAAUGUUGGGAGUACUAUUUAUCCAAGCUGGAAACAAAGGAUCACGUGUCCUGGAUAAUUACAAUUUAUUAUUUUCAAUUCUGAUGCAUCAGAUGAUGAGCCCUAUGAUGUUGAAUAUAUUAACAUUUCCGCAAGAAAUGUCGAUAUUGCAGAAAGAACACUUUAAUCGGUGGUAUUCCUUGAAGGCAUACUAUACGGCUAUCAACAUAGUCGAUUUACCAGUUUCGAUAAUUAGUUGUAUCAUAUUUUCUAUGAUCAUCUAUUUAAUGAGCGCCCAACCAUUAGAGCUAAUUAGAUUUGGAAUGUUUCUGUCGAUUUCCAUGCUGGUAGUUUUUGUGGCUCAAAGUGUCGGAUUGAUGGUCGGUGCUAUUUUUAACGUUGUGAAUGGAACUUUCUUGGGCCCAACAAUCUCGGUUCCAGUUAUGAUGUUCGCAGGAUUUGGGGUCACUCUGCGCGAUCUACCAUCGUGGUUACAUUGGGGUUCCUAUUUGUCAUAUUUGAGAUAUGGUUUAGAAGGUCUAGUGGGUGCCAUAUAUGGAAUGAAUAGACCCACGUUGACUUGCGAGUCAGGAAAAUACUGUCACUACAAAUAUCCACAGAAAUUUUUAAGUGAAAUUUCUAUGCGUGGUGAUCAAUUUUGGAACGACAUCAUCGCCCUAACUUCAAUUUUACUAUUUCUGCGUAUCUUGGCAUACUUCUUGCUGAGAUUCAAACUGAAUGCCGUUCGGUAAAGGAU